AUGGCUGACGUCAAGAAGCUUUGCAUGGAAUCGCUGGGAACUGUUCCACUUGGCAGAGCGCCGGAACAGGUACAGAAUGGAAAGGACUUCUAUAAAUUCGAGAAACUCGGCACUGGUUUGCUUUUAUCGGUCCAUCUCCUUGCCAACACUUACGACAACGAGAUGGUAUUCCGCGCAUUCUGUCGUGAAACCAUCGACAGGCACGUUGGCCGAGACCUCGAUCCCGCUUUGUGGAAGGUUUGCUGCUUAGAAUCACGAAAUAAGAUGUGGAGUACUAAUUAG